AUGUCUGAGGGGUACUCGCUGGCCGGUGGCAUCAAUCUGCCCAAGAUUCUGCGGCUUUUGGGUUCCGAUGGGCAACGGUACAAGCAGCUGGUCAAGGGCAAAGAUGAUAUGCGCCAGGAUGCGGUUAUUGAGCAGCUGUUCCAGGUCAUCAACAGCUUCAUGGUGCCUGCAGACCGGCUUCAUAUUCGCACCUACAUGGUGGUGCCGCUAACCAAGCGCUGUGGUGUGCUGCAGUGGGUCGACAGCACCAUGCCCUUUGGCGAGUGGUUCCGCGAGAACGAGCCCAAAUACCGUCCUGACGCGCCUACCACCAUGCAAAUGCGCGCCGCCGUGCAUAAUGUCCACAAACAAAAGGACGUGACGCCAAAGCAGAAGCUCGACAUCUUUUCCCGCGUGUGCGCCCAGGCCCCGCCCAUCUUCCGCUUUUUCUUCUACAGCAUGUUCUACGAUGCCCAGACGUGGUUCGAGCGCCGUGACGUGUAUAUCCGGUCGGCAGCAGUUUCCUCAAUGGCCGGCUGGGCGUUGGGCAUCGGCGAUAGGCAUCUGCAGAACAUCCUUGUGGACACCCGCACUGCUGAGCUGGUGCAUAUCGACCUGGGCAUUGCCUUUGAUCUGGGCAGAUUGCUACCGGUGCCCGAAUUGGUGCCGUUCCGUCUGACCCGCGAAAUGCAAGACGGCAUGGGUAUGUUUGGCCUGGAGGCCACAUUCAAGGAGAGCUGCCGUGUCGCCCUAAGCAAGAUGCGCGAGAACGCCCGGGUGGUCAUCACUAUUCUGAAUGUGCUCAAGGUGGAUCCACUCUACAUGUGGUCGUUGAUCCCGCUGCGCCGCGACAAGAUCGAACGGACCGCCAGCAUCAACAGCACGAGGAUGUCGUCGCAGCCCAAUGCCGCCCUGCCGAUGAAUGCCGAAGACAAUAAGGAGGCGAGCCGGUCCAUCCUGCAUGUGGGCAAGCGACUCAAUGCCAAUAUUAGCGUUGAGGGGCAGGUUAAUGAGCUUAUCCAGCAGGCUACUGAUCCGAACUCUUUGUCCAGGAUGUUUGAGGGCUGGAGUGCUUGGUACUAA